AUGACGAUUCUGCCAUUACUCGUGCUUGCUCUGGUGACAGGGCAUGUAGGGGGAGAGACGAGGAUCAUCAAGGGGUACGAGUGUCCUCCUCAUUCCCAGCCCUGGCAGGUGGUUCUGUACCAGAAGACACGCAUGCUCUGCGGGGCAACCCUCGUCGCCCCCAAAUGGCUCCUGACAGCGGCUCACUGCCUCAAGCCCCAGUACAUAGUGCACCUGGGGAUGCACAGCCUGCAGCGGCACGAUGGCUGGGAGCAGACCCGGAGGGCCACCGAGUCCUUCCCGCACCCCGACUUCAACAACAGCGUCCCCAACAAGGACCACCGCAACGACAUCAUGCUGGUGAAGAUGGCGUCCCCGGCCGUCAUCACCUGGGCCGUGCGGCCCCUCCGGCUGUCCUCCCGCUGCGUGGCCCCCGGCACCCGCUGCCUCAUCUCCGGCUGGGGCACCACCUCCAGCCCCCAGUUGCACCUGCCCCACAGCUUGCGAUGUGCCAACAUCACCAUCAUCGACCACAAGGAGUGUGAGAACGCCUACCCGGGCAACAUCACGGACACCAUGGUGUGCGCCAGCGUGCGGGAGGAAGGCAAGGACUCAUGCCAGGGUGACUCCGGAGGCCCUCUGGUCUGCAAUGGGUCUCUCCAAGGCAUCAUCUCGUGGGGCCAGGACCCGUGUGCCGUCAGCAGGAAGCCUGGCGUCUAUACCAAGGUCUGCAAAUACGUGGACUGGAUUCACGAGACGAUGAAGAACAACUAG